GUUGGAGCCCUGACAACAGCCAUAGACCACGUCGACCAAAGCAUCAUCACUUCCACACAGCCGCACUUGCUCCCAUGUUCGACAGUGUCCUCUUCCACGAUCACCCACCUGUGCCUGAAGAAAGCACAUGGAUCGCCGCGGGGUCGGCGCUAACGCAGCUGACUUGGUUGUACCUGCUCGGGCGCAUCACGUUUACUUCGGACGAUCUUACCACGGCCAUGGGGAACCUUCCAUGGAUGUUUGGUGUCGUGGGUGUGAUCGCGGCUGUACUCCUCUCGUCUCCCUCGUCUUCGUUUCGGCCAUCAUCGUCACCAUCAUCGCCGUCGUUGAAGGGAAAGGCGGUACCUACUUCCACCACCGACCACCACCUCGUGCGUGCGGGAAUCCAAGGCGGCCUCCUCGCCACCCUGUUCCUUCUCCGCAUGUGCAUGCUUCACUUCUGUGGCCUGCAGUUUGCCUCUCUCGUCGAGUCUGCAAGCUACUGCCUCGCGGAACCCCUGUCCAAAGCGUUGCGUUCGACACACGCGCCCGUUCACGGCAUCAUGGCCAUCGCCGGCGGGUAUGCCCUGGCCCUCGUGUUCCCGUGCAUCAUCUCGACAUCAUCUUCAUCAUCAUCCACCGGUCCAUCUCUGCUCUUCCACAUGUCGCUCUUUGCCGCGUCCGUUGCGCUCCAGCACAUGUAUCGCUCGCUCCAACCGUCUCAACCUUGCCAAACCACGACCAAUGUCACUAUUUUGACCCACACUGUGGUGGUGUAUGUCACUGCAGCGAUGGUCACUGCGUUGGCGUCACACUGCCUCAUUCCCUCCCCAAGCAUUCACCUUCCGCCACUCGAGCAGCCGCAAUCUCAUGGCGUCGGCAGCAUCAUCAGCUUGAUUGUCGUGGGUAUAUUGUCCAUGUUGCUGCCAGCUACGACCUUCCAAGACGACGAUAUGGACUCGCGUCAAGCGCAUUGGAAUGUAUCUGUGCGUUUGGCAGUGCAGUUUCCCCUGGCUUUAGUGACAUCGUGGUUGCCAGGUGGGACGAAUACGUGGCAUUUGGUGGUGCACGCGAUCGUGUCAUGGACUGCGCUGUCGUCGAUUGCAUGGGGAUGGUGGCUUUACUUGUCGACAUUGCACAAGCCAGCAGCAGCACUACGACCAUCAGCUGCCACGUCAUGUAUCCUGGUGACGUGGCACGCCCUGGCACCAGCAACCCAAAAGAUCCUGCUCUUCCUCACAGGCAACAUUGUGUACAUGUUUGUCGAGUUUGCAGUGGGGUACAUGACGAAUUCCCUUGGACUCUUAAGCGAUGCUGGCCACAUGCUGUUUGAUAAUGGCGCGCUCGUGAUUGGCCUUGGCGCGUCCUUGGCGGCGACGUGGCCGCGCACGGCCCGCUUUCCAUACGGAUUCGAUCGCAUUCAAGUGCUAAGUGGGUUUGUGAACUCGCUCUUGUUGCUGGUCAUGGCCGUUCACUUCAUGCUGGAAGCCGUCGAUCGAGUGCUCGACCCGCCUACGAUCACGACAGAUCACCUAUUGCUUACGUCUGUGGGGGGUCUCGUCAUGAAUGGCGUCGGGCUCGUGUGGUUUCACGACUUGGCUCAUGGGCAUUCCCAUGGAGAUGGAAGUGAUGGAGGAUGUAUGUCGAAAGACGCCAACCUUGUAGGCGUGUACCUGCAUGUGUUGGCCGACACGAUGGGAUCGGUGGGAGUGAUCCUGUCGUCGGUGUGUAUCGACUGGUUUGGAUGGUUUAUCAUGGACCCAAUCUGUUCGGGGUUCAUUUCGAUCGUGAUUGUGCUGUCCACGCUGCCGCUGCUCCGAGAUACAAUGGCCCAGCUCAUGCAAGGGAUUCCGUCGUCGUCCGCCGCCGCCGUCGAACUCGCCCGGCAACGCGUCGCGCAACUGCCGUUUGUCCACCAUGUCGACCAAGUGCAUGCGUGGUCUCAUGCUGGCAACCUCGUCGUGACAAUGCAUGUCGUGGUUCUUGAGAAUGUUGGUGAAGCGGUCACUCGAAUCCGCCACGUCAUUGCCCAAGCCGUGCAUGUGCACCAGUUGACGGUUCAAGUGACCCAUGUCACGGAACCUUUGGAUAGUGACCAAAUUAGUGACCACCACCAUCACGGGAGUAGUAGUGACCACCACCACGGCCACUCGCAUAGCCACGGGGGAUGUGCCCAUCAUUAACUUAACAAAAUGGAACUGUUAGUUCCAGCUUAUUAACUGUUAGAAGCAACUAACUAAGGUUCGUU